AUGGCUGGGAGUAGACGUGGAACGAGCAAGAUUGAGAAAGUAGGGUUUUCCAGGGAGCGUAAAACCUCCUGGGAAGCCAGUCCGGAAGGGAAACGAGGAGCGCGGACAGCCAAGGGAGCUGUUGCCGAGGCGGCAGCAGGCAACAGCAACGUGCAGAUUUCCAACAUUGGCGCGGCCAGUGGCAUGGCGCCAGGGGCGCGCCUGGCCAUCUACAAGGUGUUCUGGCAGGCAGGCGGUAACCUGUACGCCACGAGCACCGACAUCUUCUCAGCCGUUGAUCAGGCUGUCGCCGACGGUGUGGAUGUGCUGAGCCUGUCGCUGGGCGGAGCCAGUUCAACGGAUACUGAUUUUGACGACGUGCCGUUUAUCAGCGUCAAUGCGGCGGGGGUGUUCGUGGCCUUUGCAGCGGGCAAUGAGGGCCGCCCAUCCUCUGCUGCAGCCUCGGGCUACCGCACGCUCUGCAACUUCGCACCCUUCUACAUGACUGUGGGCGCCAGCUCCAUCUCUCGCAACGAUGCAUCCAUCUCCUCCACAACAGCAGCAGCAGCAACAGCAGCAACAGAAACAGCAACAACAACAACAGCAACAGCUGCAACCGUAGCACCUAUGGAAAGCCAUUCCAACACCACAGCCAGCACAGUGUCAACCCUCAACGGAGCGCGCAUCCCAGCCAGCAUCUCCCCAGCAGCCACCGCUGCCCCGGUAGUCGCCUACUUCUCCUCCACCGGCCCACUCGACAAGCCCUCAUCCGCCACACCAGCAGCCUACCCCUCCAACACCAUCCUCAAGCCCGACAUCAUCGCCCCGGGGGUUGGGCUCUGGUCUGCUGCUCCCGACAAGACUGUUGGCUCUGGGGGGUGGUUCGUAGCGCUGUCAGGGACGUCCAUGGCCACACCGCACAUCGCUGGCAUUGCUGCUCUCAUCAUCCAGCAACGCCCUGAUUGGACGCCCUCGCAGAUCAUGUCGGCAAUGAUGACUACUGCACGCACCACUGAUACCAAUAACGGGGCGAUCCAAAACGAGUUUGGGAGAGCUGCGACUCCGUGGGAGAUUGGAGCAGGGCAUGUGGUGCCUGCUAGGGUGGUUAACCCCAGGUUAACCUAUAAUGCCGGGGAGCAAGACUUCCAAAACUUUCUCGCCGGGCAGAACUACAACCGGGCAAAGGAAGACUCCUCCUCCUCCGCUUCUGGUGCGGAGCCUCGCGAGGCCGCGAGCAGUCAAUCGGAUGUAGCCUUGCGGGACGAAGCAGACAGCUCAUCUGAAAGCCAUGGCCAACAAGCCGCAGCAGCGUUCGGAAUGCGCCACGGCGAGGCGGAAGGCGAUGACCUUGCGGAGGAUUUUGAUUAUUUAGAUCUGGAGGAUUUGGAGCAGACGUGGCCGGAGCGGAGGGAGAGCAUUCUCGGCACGCGAUGCGGAUCGCCUAAAGGCGCCACGGAGAUCGGAAUAAUGCGGUCGGAUGCGAUUAGCAGAGCAUGGCAAGGCGGCGUGGCAGGCGGCCCCACCCAGCCAGUGCUUUUCAAGCUCGAAUGUCUGCUGCUCUGCUCCUUGCAUGCCUCUGCUGGGGCUGGGGCUGGGGCUGCUCACAUGGCGUUGCUGUGCUGUGCGCUGUACAUUUGUGCGGGACAUUGA